AUGGCUCGAGAGUUGCAAACUGAUACUCCAUUUCAACAAGUUGUGGAUAGUGCGAGGAGGAUUGAGGGUGCUCUAGGCUCGAGCAGUCAGCCAGCUCAGUCUGCACAUCAGAUUACUCAGGGUGCUCCAGAUGGACAACCACCGAUACCACCAGCCAAGGCCGCGAGAGGCCGAGGUCACAGUAGAGGCCGCGGUAGAGGCAGGGGUGCAGCCCGCACAGCACCUGGGGGAGUACCUGCAGAUCCACCAAUUUCCCCAGAUCAGGACCGGAUUCCCGUUGUUGAUGCACCAGCUCAGGCGGUCUCUAUUCCGGCCACAACAGCCAUUUCUCAGGUCGGGGGAGGUCACCGUGGUGCAUCAUUUGGCCAUGGUUCUGAUAGUUAUCAGCAGGGCCGUUUAUCUCUGGGUGCCCUCCCAAAGCAGAGCUCAUCCCGUGCUCCAUCAGGUCAGGGUUCGCCUAUGCCAGGUCCUUCUACUAGUUAUCCCGGUGCUCAGGGCUCCAUUCAGUCCCCUGCACCAGCACCGGGGAGUUUGGGAGGUUCAGCUCCGCAGAGGAGCCAGUCUGUGUCAUCAGCACCAGCCCCUCCACCACCCGCUCAGCCAGCCCGGGGUGGAGCCCAGUAUUGUCUAAGUUUGCCAUAA